AUGGCUUCCUCCUCAUCAAUCUCCGACGGUGAAGAAAGGAAGGAAUCAGGUGUUGGCCUUUUAACUCUUGAAGACCUUAAGCUUCAUCAUGUUGAUAUUAAUAAGAAGGUGACAAAGUUUGAAGCCUUGUUAGUGGUUACAGAAAUUUCUUCUGUCAAGUGGGAGGAAAAGGAGAGAAAGAAAAGGAUGGACAUGGCGAAGACACAGAGGUUGUUAAGAGAGAAAACUUUGAAAAAGCCAAUAAUUUUACAUGUUGAAGAAAAGGGUAUUGCAAUUAAGGACAAAGAGUUUGUGGGAGAAAAAUUACUGAGUAGUGCAAUCAAGUUUGGGAAAGAACUGAAUCAGAAGAAGAAUGUGAGAAUAAAUACCUCAUUGAAACGAAGAAAUCCUGACUAUGAGAAAGACAAAAACUGGGAUGUAGUAUUUGAGAAUGGUCAAGAAAGGAGAAAAAGGUAUAGAAAGGGGAACUCUAAAAGUGAGAAUGGCAUAGCGAAGGGUUCAAUGCUAGUGACACCACCAGACCUGCCUCAAGAAUUCAAGAAGAAGAUCAAGGAGAUGCAUGGUACUGAAUUGCAAUUAGUGAUACAAAAGGCAAUCACGGACACUGAUACACAGGAUGCUCAGAGUCGUUUAUCAAUGCCCAAGAGGCAAAUACUAUGUGAGUUCUUAAAAGAAGUUGAAAGGGAAAAGUUAGAAAAGAAUGAAGAGAUGAAAGUGCAGAUCAUGAUCGAUCCCAAUCUUAAACUUAGUGACAUGAUUUUCAAGCAUUGGAACUUGGGGAAAUCAAACGGGAAAACUUGCACGUCAUUUGUGUUUCGCACUCACUGGAAUGAUUUCAAGAAGAAGAUUGGAGUGAAGAAAGGUGAUAUAAUUCAGGUGUGGUCUUUUCGAAUUGAAGAACAACUUUAUUUUAUUUUGGUAAAGGUUGAAGAAGAAGAGAAUGAACAAGCUAAUCGCAGAUGA